AUGGCCAUGACUGGAGCAAAGCGUUUGAGGGAGUUGAUGAGCAAGGAAGACCACAUCGUCGUUGCACCAGGUGUCUACGAUGGUCUAUCCGGUAGAAUCGCUCUCGCAGCCGGUGCAGAAGUUCUCUACAUGGUACGUCCUGCCCACCUCACCAUCCCUCCGUUCUUAUCCAAAAUCCCCAUACUAACAACUGCCACACAGACAGGAGCAGGAACAAACAUGUCCCGCCUCGGCACCGCAGACCUCGGUAUCGCAACACUCAACGACAUGCUCUCCAACGCCUCAACAAUCACCUCUCUAUCUCCUUCCACACCCGUAAUCUGCGAUGCAGACACUGGAUACGGCGGUCCCAUCAUGGUUGCCCGCACAGUACGUCAAUACGCAUUAGCCGGCGUCGCAGCCCUGCACAUCGAAGACCAAGUCCAAGAAAAGCGAUGCGGGCAUUUGGUAGGCAAGCAAUGCGUGUCCAGAGAAGUGUACUACGCAAGACUGAGAGCGGCGGUCAAGACGAGAGAUGAGAUGGGCAGUCAGAUGAUGAUUAUCGCCCGCACAGAUGCAAGAGCGGAUAUGGGCUUUGAGGAGGCGGUGGAGAGACUCAAGGGUGCUGUGGAGUGUGGUGUUGAUGCUCUCUUCCUCGAAGCUCUGCAAAGCAAAGAAGAGUGUGAGAAGGCCGUUAAGAUCUUUGCUCCUACACCUGUGUUGCUGAAUAUGGUGCCUGGUGGCAAGACGCCUCAGAUGGGUGUCAAGCAGGCAAAGGAGAUUGGCUUCAAGCUCUACAUUAACCCUACGUUGGGCUUGGAGGCUGUAGUCAGGCCACUUGAGAAGGCUUACAAGAUGUUGGUCGAGCAGGGCACUGAUGAGUGUGAACCCAUUGGACCUAAGGCACUAUUCGAUAUUUGUGGCUUGAACGAUGCCAUGGCUUUUGACGAGAGUGUUGGAGGCGCCGCGUUUAGUUCAAAGUAG